CAUAGUGAAAUAUUCGUGAUAUUAGUUCUUACUGACAAAUCACAAAAGUAUUUUAAAAUGCUGGAAAUUUUCUGUUUUAGUUAUGUGUUUUUUUAUUAAAAAAAUGUUAGUUUUGUGCUGUUCGUUGGAAGAAGUAUAGCUAAGAAACUUAUAGAUCCUCACAAUGAACUGUCACCAAGUAUUAAGUGGUGCCUGUAAUUCAGGAGAUCAAUGUUUUGCUGUUGGUUCAGUUGAAGGAAUACCUUUUACUGCAUAUGCUGCAGGAUGUAACAUAGUAAUACUGGCAUCAAACUUUGAGCGAGUUCAGAUUAUUCCCGGUGCCAUACAUGGAUACAUUCGUAUUAGUUCCUUAGACUGUAGUACUGAUACGGGGAAAAUUGCCGCUGCAUAUGGGGCAGAGGUGUGCAUCUUUGAACCUACACCACUCAUACAUACGGCCGGAACAACACAUGGUUUAGAGUACAGAUGGGUGCAGACCGGCAAGCUGGUGGCGGACGGGCCGAUCACCGCUUUGUCAUGGAACCUGGAGGGAACGCGACUGCUCACCGGGGGCAAAAUCUUACAGCUGUGGCAUCAGGCAUCUUUAUACCAGGAUGACAGCCAACCAAGUUCCGGUGUCACAUUCCAAAUCGGCGGAGAUAAAGAGGACAAACCCAAACAGCCGGAGGAAGAGGAGCCUGGAUGGAUUUGUGUAUGGCAGUGCCACACGGCGACACCUGCGCACCACCUCGCUUUCUCUCCCGAUGGCGUGCUCUUCGCAACGUCCGGCAUGAACGAUAGGCUUGUCAAGAUCUGGCAUCAAAACAAAGUACUGGUACAGGCGCACGGCGAGCAUUCGGGAACGGAUCUAAACUAUACGUUCAUCUACGUGGCACAUCCACGAGCAGUCACGCAUUUAUCAUGGCGGAAGACCAGUAAAUAUAUGCCCAAAGGCAGCGUGGGCAACGUGCUGGUGACGUCGUGUGUGGACAACAUCUGCCGCGUGUGGGCGGAGACACUGCUGCCUGAGGACGAGUGGGGCGGCGGCUCUGCGGCAUCGCGCUCUCCCCCGCGCCGCCAGCGCGCUACACACCGACACAAACACCGCUUUAUGCAGCGACUCAAGCACAUGAAAACUUGUUUCCACAUCCGUCGCAACGCACAGUCGUCGAAACAGCCGGGUGCGCCCAUCCCCACACUGCCCUCCACCUACAGUGCCCACGACUUUCACAACUCCUUUCAAGCCAGCUCUUACACCGGCGGUCUUCACUUCCAUUUGGCGGCGUCUAUCAACGCGGAGACGGACAUCCCUCUGGUGCCGUCGCUGUCUGGUGGCGGACGGUUCAUCUUACACUGGCUGCACAACAAGGAGAUGCACUUCACCAGUCAAGCCGAAGCUAUACUACACGAUCUCACCAAAAAAGUUUUAGAUAAAGAAGAAAACGAGGAAGGUACCGGUAUGGAUCACACACAUCCGGACGGAGAGAAUGAAUCAAGAGCUAGGAGGUCAAGUCAACAUUUGACUAGGGUACAAUCUGAGGACACUAGCAAUAGUGAUGAACAACCAGGUAGCGGCAACCACAGUCACCCGAGUUUGUCCAACACGACGUCCAUCAACUCGAUAGCUACAGAUGUGACGUGCACACAUUUGCCCGACUCACUCGACGCCAAGAUAGAGGGGCUGCUGCGAGACUGGCAUCAGAGUCCAGAUCUACUCUUCUCCAUACAUCCUGUAGAUGGCAGCUUUCUUAUAUGGGUGUGCGAGUGGCUGGACGAGGUGCAGGCGGGUGCGAUACGUCAGGCGCAGGUGUCGUUCUCUGCGCGCAUCCCAAGCGCGUUCCCGCUUGGUGACGCUACCACUAUGUGCACUCCCGCCGCACUCUACCACGCAGCCGCACAGCCGCUGCACGUGCGACAUCGCACCAAGCCUGUAGCACCAAAUCAAAACCAACCGGAAACUGUGACGACUCCAUUAGCCAGUGUACAGGAAGAGAAAGAUGAGAAUGAGUGGCCUCAGCCAGAUGAACAUAAAGAACCACAAGAAAAUGGCCAUCAAGAAGAGAAUAACAAUGAAAUGCAGCGCAGAACUAGUGUAGUGGCAGACGAUUUGGGAGAAAAUCAAGAUGGAGAUGUGUUGGAGUCUGCUCCGGUCAUAUCUAUGGUCACCAACCACACCAAUGGAACUCUCAACCUUUGGCAGUUAACAUUCGACGACAAAUCAAAAUUUUCACAGGUGCUAUCAAUAGGCCACGCUUCAAGAGCGUCCGGGCAUAGGUUUAGGGUGAACGACAUCACUUGCCAUCCAGUAUUACCACUGUUGCUGACAACCAGUCAUCAUAAUAUAUCCGACGCGGAGCGCGGGACGCAGCGUGUGGAGGAUGCGGGCGCAGCGGGCGGGCUGUGCUCGGAGCUGAUCAUGUGGCGCGUCGAGUGCGUCGGCCCGCUCGCCAAGUCCGGGGGCGUGGCCGAACUCGCGCGCGUCAACUCGCCACACCUCUCCGCCUUUAGUAACGUCGCCUGGCUACCUACGUUAUUGCCUAGCUCAACCUUAGGAAAUUUGUCUAACUCGCCGUCCGCCUGUUUUGUGGCAAGCGACGGUGAAAGUCUCCGGCUCUUUCAAGCCGUUAUCGAUGCGCGAACGCUAUUGGCGGAAAUUGCUACAUCGGAGCGACGUCAUAAAGAUACAUCGCAGAAUGACACGAUGUCGAUGUCGUCGGGGUCUAGUGCGGGCGAGGAGGCGGAGGAGGGAGGUGUACCUUUACACGAGCGUAUUCGCAUAGUUUCUCAGCAAUCGACCGCGCGACCCGGCGCCGUCAUACAGCUGCACGCCAUCGCGGACGCAGCACACGACUGGCACAACACGCAGCUGCUGCAUGUCUUCCAGGAACAACUCAUCACUGGUGAAAGAACAACAACGGAUACGGACAGCGCGGACUCUGGUGUUGAGGGUUCGGAUGUCAACACUAUCACAGAAGCAGGUUUCGAGGCCAUCGUGGACUUACGCAAGGCGGCUGUGUUCAAUGAACCCUUCUAUAUUGUCGUGUUGGAGCGCACUGACGGAGGCUCCACAGUGCAUAUGUGGAGACUGAUGGUAUCGUCGCAAGCUGACCCAUCGGAUGAUAUGACAAACAGCAUGAUGUACGUACCAGAUAGUGCGCUAGUGCAGGAGGAGGAGGGCGAGUCCCGCAAGAACUCUGUAUCAGUGGACGCUGACCGCGCGCUGCCGCAACCGCCCGUACACUCUCAUCUAUCCAUUUCUACUAAGAAGGUGUGCGAGUGUCCAUUGUCAUUGCCGGACGGUGUAGACGUCAUUCACGCGACGCCGGCCGCGGGACAUCUGAGCUCGGCCUCUAUAUACCCGGCCUGUUUGGCACCUUAUAUACUGGCCACCGCAUGCUCUGAUAGUACUUUGAGGUUCUGGAAAUGUAAUGUGACUAAAAAUGAGAACGAUGAGAUGGAGUAUACUUGGAAGGAGUGGGAAAUGAUGAACAAAGAUCAAGAAUCAGCUAUAGACAUUCCAGGGCAGCCAUUACACAUAAGCGCGGCGUACUCGGGUCGCAUAGCGUGCGCGUACAAAUGCGGGCGGUCGUUCACGCGGCCGAAGGGCGGGACGAGCGCGGGUACGGACGCGCGCUUCGUCAACUUGUGCGUGUGCGUGUACGAGUGCGAGAGCACCGGCGGAGCUGAGUGGCUGCUGGAGGAUACAAUACCCCUGCGCAAUGUCAGCCUGCCUCGCGUCGGCGUCAGUGUGGACACGCAGAUAGAUCUCUCUUAUUUACACGAUACGUCCUUCAUGCAGAAGAAACAGAGAUUGACACAGGUUCUUCAAACACUAUCUUCUGAUGAGAGUAGGAACAACCGUAACGGUGAAGGCGACUCUGGUAAAUCUGCAGGACUGUUGGCUGUACCAUCAUUCAGCACACUACAAUCACUAAGACGCAGUAUCAUGGAGAAUGGCAACACUUGUCCUUUAACACAAAAGCAUUUAGUGCAAUUGGACUGGGUUUCUAAAGAAGACGGCUCACAUAUACUUACAGUUGCUGUUGGUUCUAGAGUGUUGCUCUUCACGCCUGUCUCCAGCGAUCUUGCUCAGGCAAAUUUAAAGGCAAUGAAAGAAUCAAUAAACAACAACCGUCCUAUAUUAAGAAAGGCGUCAUCUCUCGCUGCACCACUGUUCGUGGAAGAGAUCAGGUGGAUGCAGCUGCGUCGUAUAGACCUGAAGACAGCAGAUGGUCUGCCUCCUCUUCCAAUGCAGAUCUCCUGGGUGCGCGACGGUAUACUGGUGGUCGGGAUGGACUCGGAGAUGCAUGUUUACUCGCAAUGGAAACCUGAGAACCAGCAAUUACCAUCAGGACAGAUACAGGAAAUAGAGGAGUGCGGUGAGUCCCGCGCACUCCGCGACUCAGACUUGCGCGUGUCAGCACCACAUCUACAGCGCGUCUCCUCCAUCAACCUGCAGCUGCUGGAACGAGACGCUAGAAGAAGGAAUAAAGCUCAAUCCGAUCAACCUCAACCUUUAUUAAACUACAUGCCUGACUACGGGCUGUUCGAGGCGUCACAAAUGGCCUGUCCAGUUCUACCGCAGUACCAUCCUAAACAGUUGAUGGAGUUAUUGAACAGCGGGAAAAUACGAUGGGUGAAGGCUAUACUCGCUCAUUUAGUCAGGUGUAUUGGAGGGUCUUACGCAAAUCGCAGUUCUCAAGGCGACGAGGACAGUCUCUCGAGACAGCGUGGCUGGUCGCGGUCACGCACGCUGUCCGUGUCCUUCGCCGCCGGCGCAGCCUCGCCGCUAGAUGGCGUCACACAGAUAACGGAAGAUGUCCAAUUAGACUACGCGGAACUAACGUCGGUACCGCCAUUGCCGCUUUGGACAUUGCUGGUGGCCGACAAAGAGUCGCCUCAUCAUCCGUCCACUAUACAAGAAGCUAAGGAUUACAACGAAUUAUUCGAAGGAACAAUGGAAACUGAAGAGGAUUUAGAUGCUCUAUUAUUAAGCGAUGAAGAUAGAGUCGACCGCCGGCCUUCGAUGCCCGAAAGACAACCGCUUUCGCAUUUCGGGCCUAGGCAAGGUCGUAUCCUAUCGCGACUCCUGACACACACUCACCUGCCGGGGCUCAGCUCGUUAGAUCAGAUGCAUCUACUAGCGCUGGCUGACACAGUGUCGACGUGUGACGCGGACUUCGCAGAGCGGUUCGCCGCCAACGCACGUUUUGAUGUAGCGCACAACACCGCCCAAGACUUCGUGCCUGAUUCACUAGACGACUGCGGACUACGCUUUCUCCUAGCGAUGAAACACUACGGUUACCUACUGCGUUGUUUGCCACUGGCCCAGCGCGCGGCGUUACAACGCGACGGCGUCGGCACCUGCAACCUUGUGUGGGCGUAUCACUCAGAGACACACGAACAGCUGCUGUCUUUAGUGCCCGGGUACACUAAGGGACAGCCCAAGUGGUCCACAAUGAGGGAACUAGGUGUGGGAUGGUGGGUCCGAGGCGACCUCUUGCGUACGUGCGUAGAGAAGUUGGCUCGUGCGUCUUACAUGGCCAAGCAGGAGCCCAUGGACGCCGCGCUGUACUACCUCGCUAUGAAGAAACGCAUGCUUCUCUGGGGACUGUUCCGAUCCAACAGAGACGAUAGAAUGACUUCCUUUUUCGCCAAUGAUUUUACGGAGGAUAGAUGGCGUAAGGCAGCGUUGAAGAACGCGUUCGUGUUACUCGGCAAGCAAAGGUUCGAGCACGCCGCUGCUUUCUUCCUGCUAGGUGGCGCUCUCAAGGACGCUUUAGAGGUACUGAUAACCCGCUUGGGAGAUUUACAAUUGGCAAUGGUUAUCGCCCGCCUUUACGAAUCUGACAGCACAUUGCCGCCCAGCUUACAGAAAUUGCUUAUGGAUGAAGUACUAGGGGGUGAGACAGAAGAUGGUGAGAUAGAUUUGGAGCGUGCGCAUCCGGAUCCAUUCGUGCGCUCAAUGGCGCUGUGGGAGCUUCGUCGGUACGGAGCUGCGUUGGACACGUUGUUGCGCACUGCGGGCCGACUGCACGCAGCGAACAACUCUGAUGAGCCCGUGCCCAGCGUUUUCAACUUCUACGUAUACUUGCGCACGCAUCCAAGACUCAAGCGACACAAUUUGCCCACGCAGGGUGGUACGUUAGCGCUACUACAGCAAGAAGCAGACGAAGGUAUUACCCGUCUAGAGCGACGGCUGUACUUCCAAACUGCGCACGGCCACUUCAAGGCGGGCUGUCCUGCGCUCGCUCUGGAGGUGUUGUCCAAGUUGCCCGCCAGAGUGCGCGAUGAGAAAAUAAGACAACCAGUGUCCGCCCCUUCCGUUGAAGAGACUUUCAUACAUACAGGACAGAUUGUAGAAAACACACCAGCGAAAAAGGAAGAAGAGAAUGUGGAAUGGAGUUCCUCAUCAGUGGACUGGGGCGCCCCGGUCACUACAAUCAAAAACGAUGACCUUGUUCUCUCUUGGGAUGAUGACAACGAAGACAAAGAUUCUGAAGGAUCUGGUGCUUCAACUCCGCCGCUGGAAAUGAAAAUAAACAAGCCCGAGGAACCGAUACAGAAUGGACUGGAAGACCAGAAAGAUGAGACCCCUCCUGUAGAUAUCAUGGCCCAGCAGUUGAAAUUCGUUGCUUGCUUGAAGAUCCUGAUGGAGGAGCUCAGUACACUAGCCACUGGAUUUGAAGUCGAUGGCGGUCACCUGCGCUACCAGCUGUACAUCUGGCUGGAGCGCGAGGUGGAGGCGCUGCGGCGGCUGUGCGGGUACGCGGCUGCGGGCGGAGGUGCGGGCGGUGAGCUGCUGUGCGCUGACGCAGACCCGCCUCCGUUGCCCGACCGGCCCACGCUGCACCAGCUGCUCGCACGGGAGAAGGCUGACUUUGAGGCCAAGGUGCAGCGCGCAGUGCGGCGCCGCAAGUGGCUCAAAGCGAACGAAACGUUACUGCGUACGCUACUGUCGUACUGCUCGCUGCACGGCGCGGGCGGCGGCGGGCUGGCGUCGGUGCGCAUGGAGCUGGUGUUGCUGCUGCAGGAGCUGGGGCAGGACAAGCAGCACCAGCAGCUGCUGUCGCCGCUGCCCUUCCCCACCACUCUGCCGCUGCUGGCCGCCGCCGUCGCCGCUAACAACACCGUAGUCGCAGACCCCGUGCGACAUCUGCAGUGCGUGGCGCACGAUAUGCUGGGCACGGUGGGCGAGCUGGGCGUGCCGGGCGGCUCGGCGACGCGUCUGCUGCACACGCUGCGGGAGCUGGCCGUAGCGCUCUCCGCCUGCAUCUACCAGAGUCUUUGCGACUCCGACACCUUCAGCCUCAAGCACGCCCACUACCACGACGGAAUGAUUGCAGAAACGCCAGGAACUUCAAAUCUUCUAAUCCGGCCGAGACGGUACUCUGUUGAAGAAUUGUCCGUCACUACCCCUCCAAAUAAAUGGCCAGGCGUGUCUGCACUGCGUGGUCUGGCACUGCGCGCGGCGGAGGAGGAGGACUCGCCGCGGCUGGCGGUGCUGCUGGCGGAGGCGUUCUGCGCGGUGUACCUCGCGCUGCUGGGCUGGGCGCUGGCUGCGAGAGAUGCACAUUUGCUGUAUCGCCUCGCCGCGCACACUGCUGAUGCUCGCGCGCACGCUCGUCUCUUUGGGGGCGGAGUUAGGCGCUUGCUUACGACCGCACCUGCGCCGCCUCAGCCGAAGUUAGUAGAGCGUGCGGAGGGUACGUCAGUGUGGUCGUCGCUGCGGGAGAAGCGCGCGCUGCUGCACAUGCGGCUGCUGGGCAUGGGACCCGCUGCACCCAAACACAUCCAGGAAGGUCGCCCCACUUACAGGGAGCAGUUCGUGCCCCCCCAAUGCAGUAUAUUGACCUUCCUAUUGACCAAGCCAACGAUGGAGCAAGAUCCCGAGAACAACGACUACGACUCAGCGGAGUCAGGCGCAGAGGACGCGGAGGAGAGCGGCAGCGAGCCUGAAGAUGAUGACAUCUUUGACACCAACCCUAACAAAUCGGAGAAAAGACACAAGGGCGCGAACACGGAGCACUCGGACCCGGACUCGUACUCGUGGUAUGUGAUGCGUGUUGCGGUGCUGCGACUCGCGCAGACCAAGCUGCAGCAGUUCCUGCAGCUGUGCGGCAUCGAGAUGUCAGAACUAGCCACGACGAGCCCGAUGGUGCACGGGGCGCUGCGGCGAGUGGACCAGUGGCAGCAGCAGCUGACGGAGGCGCUGGAGGCGCGCGCGCCGCCGCAGGACUACAUCCCCGGCUGCUUCCCUGACCAGGUCACUGCCGGCCCGCCUAUCAAUAAGUACAGAUGUCUGUUGGAGAAACACAACACCCCGUUUAACUCUGCAUUAUACAGCGCAGCGCCCGCGAGACGGCUUUGGAGCUAUUUAGUAAGACAGGAACAAGUUCAGGACGUGUUCAUCCGCGCGGUGUUCUCGCGGCGGCGCGCGCAGUCUGUGGCGGCGGAGAGCGGUGCGGGGGGUGCGGCGGGUGCGGGGGGUGGCGAGACACGCGGGGGGUGCGUGCCGCAGCCGCGCGCCGACGACGACCUGCACAGUCCCGUGCGCAUCAUACACAAGGAACAGGACUCCAUCGCCGCCUUCUGUCUCAAUCGGGUGGGCGGCGGUCUACUGGCGGUGGCGACGGCGCGCGAGGUGCAGGAGAUGGACGUGUCGCUGCUGCUGCGCGGCGGCGCCAGCUGGGCGGAGGACGAGUGCGAGGUGGACCUGCUGGCGCUGGCCGCGGACCCCGCCGCGCUACCAGACACCGGCUUCCUGCUCAUACAGCACCACGACAGACCAAACAAUAGUUCAGUGCCGGGUACGGGCAACAGUUCCCCGCUGAACCCCAACGCGCCGCAGAUGCCCGUCGGCAUGGCCAGCCAGACCGGCCGCGGAGCUAGCGUCGUAAAGGGUCUGCAGUUCCCGGGUUGCCACGACGCGAAAUAUUGUCGUCUGGUGCUGCAUCGCUCCAAACUCCUCAUGAAACCGGUGCUAAAACAUAAGAUCGACAACAUUAAACGGAUGGCUGCGCAUCCUUCACAACCUUUAUACUUGACUGGCGGCGCGGACGGUUCGGUUCAACUAUGGGAAUGGGGCCAUCCGUCGUGCGUAUGGUCGCCGCGUGCGCCAGGCGCCUUCGCCAAGGUGACGCGCGUGCGCUUCUCCGACUACGGCAACAAGUUCGCGGCCGCGGACGCGGACGGCAACCUCGCCAUGUGGCAGCUGCACCCCGCGCCUGCGCACGCGCACCCGCCCGCUACCAACGCGCACGGACAGCCCACCGCGCACGCAUCACCCAGACCCUUCUUUACUCAUCAGUGUCAUAGUAAAGGAAUAAGCGAUUUCGUUUUCCUCGGUUCCUGUAGUUUAGUUGCCACAGCUGGGCACAGUUCGGAGAGUAAGAAUGUUGCCAUAUGGGACACGCUGAUGCCUAUCAAGAAAGCACUUGUUGUUUCGUGGACGUGUCACGAGGGCGGGGCGGCGUGCGUGUCGUGGGCGGGGUGUGCGGGCGCGCUGGUGUCGUGCGGACGACGCGGCGACGUGCUCGUGUGGGACUUGCGCGCGCGCGCCCCCAGGCACAAGCUGCACGCGCACCACGCCCCCAUCAAGUGUGUCGCGCUCUCCCCCCGCGAGGACUAUUACGCGGUUGGCGCCGCCGAUGGCGAUAUCAAAGUGUUCUCAUUGGCGACGCACCAGUUGCUGCACACUUUCGCCGGCGAACACGCUCGCAGCUCCUUCUUCAAACACAUCGGACAGGGCGUCACGCAAAUACAUAUCGACAACUGCGGGCGCAUGUUCUCGUGCGGUGCUGACGGUACAAUGAAAGUGCGCAAGCUGCCGGAGCGGGACUCGCCGCUGCAUCAGCUCCACCAGCUGCACCAGCCGCACUACUGAACACUGGUACUUACUGAAUAUACUGCCAGCUGA